CCUUCUCUCCCUCCUCACCUCCCCAUCGGGUGGGCAGGGAUGCGGCUCGGGGAGCUCCUGGGAAUGGGGGGCAGCUUCCCUUCCUUCCCCACCCUGAUCCCAGCUCUCCCCCCCUGCCCAGGUGACAGCUAUGGGGUGCUGCCCCGGCCCUGCCGGGCGCUGGUGCUGCUGAACCCCCAGAGCGGUGCCGGCCGCGCGCUGGAGGACUUCCAGGCGGUGGUGCAGCCCAUGCUGGCCGAGGCCGACAUCGCCACCACCGUCUUCAUCACCGAGAGACCCCACCACGCUCACGAGAAGGUACGGGAUGAGGACCUGUCGCAGUGGGACACGCUGGUGGUCAUGGCCGGGGAUGGGCUGCUGUAUGAGGUGGUGAACGGGCUGAUGGAGCGGCCGGACUGGGAGGACACCAUGAAGAAGCCGCUGUGCAUCCUGCCGGGGGGCUCUGGGAACGCCCUGGCUGCCUCCAUCAACCACUACGCGGGCAACGAUCACGUCGCCAAGAAGAAGCUGCUGACGAACUGCGCCUUCAUCCUGUGCAAGGGGCUGCACACGCAGAUGGACCUGGUCUCGCUGAGCACGGCCUCGGGCAAACGCCUCUUCUCCUUCCUGGGCUUCGGCUGGGGCUUCAUCUCGGACGUGGACAUCGACAGCGAGAAGUACCGGCGGCUGGGCAAUGCCCGCUUCACCCUGGGCACCCUCCAGUGCCUGGCCAAGCUGCGGGUCUACCAGGGCCGCCUCUCCUACCUGCCCGUCGACCCCGAGCAGGGCACCCCCUCGCCACCCAGGGACCCCCCCGUGCCCGUCACCAACGGCCAGGCUGGCCACCUCCUGCCACCGGCGGGGGCGGGGGCAGCCGGGGCUCUGCCCGCCGACUCCCUGCUGGUGCCCCUCUCUCAGCCAGUGCCAGCACACUGGACGGUGGUCCCUGAGGAGGAGUUUGUCACCGUCUACGCCAUCUACCAGUCCCACCUGGGCACCAACCUGCUGAUGGCACCCGCCGCCCGGCUGCACGACGGCUGCAUCCAUCUCUUCUACCUGAAGGCGGGCAUCAGCCGCGUGGCGCUGCUGAAGCUCUUCCUGGCCAUGGCCAGGGGCACCCACCUGGACUUGAACUGUCCCCACCUGCGCUACGUCCCCGUCCGGGCCUUCCGCCUGGAGCCACGGGUGGCCACGGGCAUCAUGACGGUGGACGGGGAGGCGCUGCCCUGCGAGGCCGUGCAGGGCCAGAUCCACGGCCGCCUCUGCCGCGUCCUCAGCGGCUCCUGAGCCACCGGCACCCUCUUCCUCCCACUCAGGAACCUCUUCUUCCUCCCAUAGCAAUAGCUCUUGGGGGUUGCGGGUGCUCGUCCCCUCUCCCCCACGCUUAGCUUUACCCCCCCAACCUUGGGAUGGCCCCACCAGGGCUGUCCCAGAAAUGAGCCAGGAGCCCCCAUCAGGUACUCUGCGCCAGAGUCUUUUAUCCCGGUACGAGGUCCCAGUCCCCGGGGGGCUGCGCCGGCACAGCCCCGUCCCCUCCCCGGCUCGGACGCACAGGGUGGCACCCACCGCUCAGGUCCCCUCCACAGAGCCAGUGCCACCCCCCUCCCUCACCUCCCACCCCCAGGGAUGGCCAGGACCAAGAUACCUAAUAUGAGAAACCAACUUUUUUUUUUUAAGAAUGUUUCUACCCAAAGCUUCCUCUAGAAGCAGAGUUUAUUCUUGUGAGAAAUGCAAUAAAUAUCUAGCGUUUGCAAAAAAAUACAACCUUCCCCAGCACAGGGGUUUUAAAUCAGAGCUCAGGGCACUGUCAGUGCUGUCACCCCAGGCUGGGCUCACACACAACCCAGUCAGUAUGGGUUUAGCUCAGGACCACCACCCCUCGCUCCCCAGCAGCCUCCCCAUGCUGCCAGGCCACCGUCACCCCGGGGCCAGGACCAGCAGGGAGCCACAGCCACAGAGAAGGUGCCCCGGAGGCAGGACAUGGGGCAUGGCUGCCCCUGACACCCUUUUUUUGGGGUGGGCUGGUGCCUCCUCACCCAGCGCCCCAAUCCAAGGGCUCAGCAUCACUGGCCCUGAUGCUUUGGGACAUCUCAGGGAAGGUUCAGCGCCCAUGAGCAAGGGAAGGGGGCACAGAAGAGGUUCAAGGGGGGGUUUUGGCUUUCCACCAGGAUUGGGGAGCUCACACGUCCCUUCUCCCAAGCAGCUCGGGGCCAGCUGGAGCCCUG